AUGGCGCCCCAAAAGAGGCCGGCGCCUGACCGUUCAGACGAUGAAAGUGACGGAGAUCAAGGACAGACCCCAGCGCCAUCCUCUUCACCCGCAUCUGCUUCGAAUAAACGAAGACGCACUAGCGACGAAUCCUCGAUCCGAAGAACCCCUCUCACUGACCGACAAGAUUCACCUGUCGCAAGCACUCCGCCUUCAGAUUUCGACACUGAUGAUGAACAAGCCGACGUUGCUGCCACACAAGCUCUCCGGGUCAAAGCAGCCCAAAACAAGAGCAAGGGAAAUGAAGCGGCUGAAUAUGGAAUUCUGGAGGGGGUGGAUCUAUUGAACUUCAUGUGUCAUGAGAAAUAUGAGUUCAAAUUUGGCCCUCUGAUCAACUUUGUCUGUGGGAAGAAUGGUAGUGGGAAGAGCGCAGUCUUGACUGCCAUCACACUGUGCCUCGGUGGAAAGGCGUCCGCCACUAAUCGAGGCGCCCGACUUCAAGACUUUAUCAAGGAGGGUCGAGAUCACGCCUCAAUUACUUGUUACAUCAAGAAUCAAGGAGAAAACGCCUACAAGCCGGAACUCUACGGCAAAACAAUUCAAGUCCAACGCUUUUUCUCCCGCGCGGGAAAUGGAAGCAGUGGUUUCAAGCUGAAGUCGGAAAAGGGUCGCAUCAUCUCAUCCCGGAAAAUGGACCUGGAGGAUAUUCUGGAUCACAUGAUGAUGCAGUUUGACAAUCCCAUGUCCGUUCUUUCACAGGAUCAGGCGAGGCAAUUUAUCUCCAAUUCGGCCGCUUCCGAAAAGUACAAACUGUUCAUGAAGGGUGUUCAACUGGAACAGCUCGAUCAAGAUUAUCGGUUGAUCGAAGAACAGUCGGAAAACAUCAAAGCAAAGAUUGAAAUUACAGCCCCCGAUCUGGAGGAUUUGAGAAAAUCCAUGGAAAGCGCCAACACGAAAUUACAAUUGUCGCAGAAACAUGAUGGCCUCCUCGCAAAAAUGCGAGAAUACCGCCGCAUGCUGGCAUGGAUACAAGUUGAGCAACAAGAAGCAGUGCGGGACAAGUACAUCCAAGCGAUCGAAGAAGCGGAUGCUAAGAUUGUCGAUGCGGAAAACAAAGCUGCCCAGCUCGAAGCGGCAUACCAGGCAGCAGAUGAAGACGCCACUAACACCACCAACGAUUUUGAACGUGCAAGUGCUGAGCUCGCCACAGUCGAUGAAGAAAAGCAUGAGGCAAAGGCACAGCAUGAUGAAGUCAAGAAAGCCACCACACAAGCUCAAACGGACCAACGUACCAUUCGGGGGAGACUAAAGGGCAACGAAGCUGUCAUUUCCGCUAAAAAGAAAGCCAUCGAAGAAGAAAUGAACAGAUUGGCCGAGUUGGACGGUGGAGGUGCUGCCGCUCGCGUGCAGGCCCUGCAAGAAGCCGAACAAGCACUCCUUCAAGCGAAGCGGGAUGAAAAGGAGCAUGCUGAACGUUUACCUGAACUGCAAGCCAAUGUUGAGACCCUUCGAAGACUUGUCGAGGAGGCUGACCAAGCGAGGACUUCCCAGGAGGACAAAGUCAAACAACAGACCCAAAUACUUGAUCAGAUGACGCGCAAUCGCAAUUCUCAAGAUUUGGCCUUCCAUCAGAACAUGCCUCAGCUUUUAAGGGCCAUUCAGAAUGAAACCAGAUUCCAGAUUCGCCCCAUUGGCCCGCUUGGGAAACAUGUCAAAUUGCUCAAACAGGACUGGUCUUCAAUUCUGGAGAAAUCGUUUGGUGGCACGAUGAAUGCUUUUCUUGUGAACAAUAAGACGGACGAAAGACUACUGAGCGACCUUAUGAGACGGACGAAAUGCUUCUUGCCGAUCUUCAUCGGCAAUAACCAACCCAUAGAUGUGACCAGCCACGAGCCAGACGCUCGUUUCGAUACCAUUCUGAGGAUUUUGGAGAUUGACAAUGAGUCUGUAAGGAAACAACUGGUUAUUGCACACAACAUCGAACAGGCCAUUCUGAUUCCGGACAUGGCAGAGGCUUCGGAGACUUUGUACUCAUCAGGCCAGCCGCUACGGAAUGUGAAGAGAUGCUACUGUUUCAGCGCCAAUACUCGACUCAGAGGUGCUGUUUUGUUCUAUCGGAAUGGACAACCAGCUCAAGAUCCCGUGCACCAGUUUCAAGGCGGGCCCCGCAUGAGAACUGACAUCGACGAGAGUAUCAGGAGACAGGGUGAAGCCGUCGAAGAAUCAAAGCUGCAACUCACUCAGCUUGAAGACAAAUUCCGCAGUGUUCAGGCCCAACACGUAAAAGCGCAGCAAGUUCUCGUCAAACACGGCCGUGACAGUAGUGAUUUCAGAGUGGCCGUUCAAAGAGCCCAAGAAGAAACCGAACGCCUGAGUGACGCGAUCAAUGCAGACAGCUCUGAAGGCGGUAUACUGGAUGCCCUGAGAGAAGCUCAACGGGAAGCAGAGGAAGAGAAGGGUAUCAACUCAACUUCAUAUCAAGACUCUGUCACUGCUCUGGACGACGUCAAGCACAAGCUUAGAGAGGCGCAUCAAAAGCUUACCGAUCUGGAUGAGAGGAUAGCCCACCUCCAAGCGACUGCGAAUGAUGCCCGGGCGAUGGCCCAAAAGGCCGGGAAGAAGAGGGCAUAUGCUCUGGGUGAGAAGAACGCAGCACUAGCACGAAUUGGUGAUGCCAAGGGGGACCGGGAGACGAUGAAUCGCAAGCUGGACGAGAUGACCAACAACAUCGACAAUUACACAGAGCAAGCACGUGCGGUAUCCGAGCGGGUCAAUAUUCCUGAAGGAGUGACCUAUGAAGCUCUCGAUGCAAAGUACAAGAGACUCUCCAAAGACUAUGCGGCCCAUGAAAGAACAAUCGGGGCAAGCAAAGAACAGAUUGCCGCCAGAGCAGCCGAAUGCUCACAAGCGUACAACCGAGCGCAGCAGGAGAUGAAAGACAUGGAACAGCUGCUCGAGAAGUUAUGGGAGUCGCUUAGGGAACGCAAAAACCGAUGGAAGUUGUUCCGGAGUUUGAUCUCACACCGUAUCAAGAUUCAAUUCAUGUAUAUGCUUAGUGAGAGAGGCUUCCGAGGCCAGGUGGCCAUGGACCACAAGAAAAAGAUGAUGGAACUCCAGGUCGAACCCGACAUUACAACAAGAGAUGGGACCGGAAGAGGAGUUAGGACGUUAUCGGGGGGCGAGAAGUCGUUUACACAAAUCUGCUUACUUCUGGCGAUAUGGGAAGCCAUGGGAUCCCCAGUCCGAUGCUUGGACGAGUUUGAUGUUUUCAUGGAUGCAGUAAAUCGAUCUAUCAGCAUCAAUCUCUUAAUUGAAGGGGCAAGACAAAGUAUCGGGAAACAGUUCAUCCUGAUCAGUCCCGGGGCCAGAUCCGAUAUCAAAGAGGCACCAGAUGUCCAUGCCCAAGAGGUCGCCGAACCAGAGAGGGGACAGACGAGACUGGUAUUCACUGCUGCAUGA